AUGACCGUGUCCGACGAGGAGAUGGACCGGGAGUGGAAGUCCAACAACGCCCGCCGCCCGCAAUCCACCGUCGCCCAGAUGUUCUCGCAGGAGCUGAUGGAUAUUUUCCGCAUCGACAACAGCGUCGCAGACCUCGACGAGAAGGUAGACAAGCGGUCACAACAAAUCAACACCCAAGCAUCCGAGCUCGAGGCCCUCGAGGCCCGCAUCCGUGAGAUGGAGAUGAGGCUAAAGGGACAAGCCAGCCCCAACGCCGCUGGCAGCAGCGCAAAGACCAGCAGCGCCCCGCCAGCCCCCCAGCAGCAAAAGCACGCCGGCAGCCGCCCCGGCACCGCCCGGCAGGGCCAGCCCGCCGUUCCGGGAGCACUCCCGCCCACCCCCGCGGGAAGCGAAGGUGAAUUUGCGCCUUCCGUCCCCCCUCCCUCCCGAACCGCCCCCCAGCCGCCAGGAACGCAAGCGAAGACGCACCUUGGCGCAUCGAGCACCAGCCCCGGCGCGCGCCUCACGUCCGCCUCGCGAGCAAACGAGCUACCUGCAGCGGGGGGCGACGCGGACUCUGUCACGUCCCUGUCCGAGAGCGCGAGUUUUGCUGACUAUGUAAUUGUCCCCGAGCCAGACGGCGAUCGCGAGCGGGGUGCUUAG